AUGUCUACCGUUGCAGUUGACACCGCCACACUUGCACAUGCUCAUCAUCAAUUCCCUGUAUUUGAAAGCCACAAUGAUGACUUUUUAAAAGACCCCCAAUUAGCAGCAGCCAUGCGUGAAGGUACAAAGGAAGCCCACAAGGCUGCUGAAAAUAGCGUCUUUACAAAGCGAUUUAUCAAAGGAGAGAUCAAUCGUAACGAGUAUGGCCGCUACAUCACCUCGCUGUAUUUUGUUUACGACACCUUAGAACGGCUUUUGGAAAAGCACAAGGACACGCCAGCCAUCAAGGCCAUUUACUUUCCAUAUGAACUCAUGCGAUCGAAAGCCCUUUUGAAAGAUUUGGAAUACUAUUAUGGCAAGGACAAGUUGGCCCAAGUAAUUGACCCGUCAACAAUGACACCUGCUGUAAAGGAAUACGUUAAUGCCAUGGAACAAGCAUGUGAAAUGGAGCCUGCUUUGUUGGUAGCACAUAGCUAUUCCAGAUAUCUGGGUGAUCUCAGUGGCGGUCAAAUUUUAGCGAAGCGACUCAAGAAGCACGUGUUGGGAUUAUCCGAAACGGAUGGCGAAUGGGAUUCAGACCAAGGAUUGGCAUUUUAUGCCUUUAACAAUAUUGGCAACCAAAACGCAUUCAAGAAUGAAUAUCGUGAAAGGCUCGAUACAGUGCUUGUUACUCAAAAGACACGAGAUCUGAUUGUGAAAGAAGCCAUCCGAUCAUUUGAACUCAAUAUUGGCGUCUUUGAUGAAAUCCAAGAACUUUCUGAACAAGGAAAGUUGAUACCCACUCUCAUCCAAGGAUCCAAAGAUAACGGCUCUCAAAGGCCAAACCGAUCAUUAUCAUCAUCAUCAUCAUUCUUUGUCAGUGCACUGGCUAUUAGUAUUUUUACUGCAUAUUAUUACACUCGCAUGCAUAAAUAA